CGAAUCGCAAUUAAAGCGAAUCCCAGAAAUUAAUCAGCUAGCUAAUUGAAUUCAUUCCUCUUUUUCAAAUCGAUUUCUUCGGCUCCAAAUUCAACUUUUGUUUCAGAUUAGGCAUCCAACCAUUUGUAUGGAAGAAUCUCGGCGCCUUCAAUCCGAUCGCGACGCCGGACCGUCCUCGUGGUCGUGGGCGGACGACAAGCAGUUCGAGGACGCACUGGUGGAGUUCCCUGAUGGCUGCCCCAAUAGGUGGGAGAUGAUCGCCGCCAAAAUGCAGACCAAGUCUGCGGCGGAGGUCUACAAUCACUACCGCCUUUUAUUGGAGGACUUGGACGCGAUCGAGGCCGGGCUGAUCGAUUUGCCGGAGUACAAAGACAACGACGCCUACGAGUCGCGAUCACCGCCGGAGGACGGUCUAAACCCUAAAUGCGAGAAGAAGCCGAUCGCCGCCGGCUCCUCCGCCGCCCAGCGGAAGGCGGCCAAACCCUGGACCGGAGAGGAACACAGGUUAUUUCUGGAGGGGCUGAGCAAAUAUGGCAAAGGGGACUGGAAGAGCAUAUCAAGGCUGGCUGUGAAGACGAGAAGCCCGGCGCAGGUGGCGAGCCAUGCCCAGAAGUACUACGAGCGCCAGGAGAAGGAGGAUCAGAACAAGAAAAGGCGAAGCAUUUUCGACAAUUCCAUCAAACAAGGCAAGAAAAGCGGUUAAUUGUACUUGUUUAGACCCACAAACUUACAUAACAAUCUGUAAAGUUUUUCCCAUCUUCCUGGAUUUGAUUGAGAUUAUGGUGCAAAUGCUGCUGUCAAUAAGGCCACCGACGCAUUGAUGUAGACAGAGUAGAAUAGCAAUGGGGUCUUUGUCUUGUAUGAACAUGGAGUCUAGAAUUGGAUCCUGUGAGAGGAGGCAUUCAAUUUCAUGACACCAUUCCAUCAUAUUCUUGCAUUGUCUUGUCUUGAUCACUAGUCAAGUGCACAUUUUCUUGUUGGA